AUCCGCUCAAUUCAAAUUCGCUACUCGCAUCAAAUUUUCGCAAACACUUUCCAAAUUUUCUCGGGAGCCAAACCGCGGCGGUAGCUUCACAUCAAGCUGAAGAAGGCAAUCUCUCUCUCUCUCUCCCUCUCCCUCUCUGUUUCAAGUUAAGUUUUCCAGUAGCUACUCUAGCCUUCCAGUAAAGCGUUAGUUCUUCGUGGAAUUGUAUGAUUGCGUAGCUUUAUUUUCUCAAUUUCUCUAGAUCAAUCUGAAUCUAGGUGAAUGAAUCGCAGAUUCUCUUUCUCUCUGAACUCGGAUGUUAGGCUCGCCGCCGGUAGAGAGUUUUAGUUAGCUUUCUUGUGCGAUUUCCUUAGUUGCGUUUCUCUAUUCUGAAUGCGGUUCCGUCGUUCAUCCUCGGGAUCUAUCGGAGUCUCAUCGAAGAAUUCGAUUUUCUAUUUCUCAGUGUUUAGAAGCGGAUUCUUGCUCUUUCAGGCGAAGCGUGUUGCCGUUGGCUGCUUCGUUCCUUUCUGUUAAAUACACUGACCGGAGACUAAUUCUGUGCUUUAUUUCUUGAUUCUUGUGCGAUUUCUUGGUUUCAUUUCACUAAUCUGAACGCGGUUCCGUUCGUUCAUCCUCGAGAUCUAUCUGAAUCUCAUUGACAGAAUUCGAAAUUCUAUUUCUACAAUCAUUUUAGGCGUUUAGAAGCGGAUCAGUCCUGUUUAGGUUUCUUGCUCUUUCAGGCGUUCGCCGCUUCGUUCCUUUCGGUAAAUCCAGCGAUCGGAGUUUAAUUCACCGUCCGGAGUAUAUUCUGAUAUCUUCAUUUUCUUGAAAAUCACCGGCCGGAGUCCAUUCUGUUCUGGAGCUCACCGGCCGGAGUCAAUUCUUCCAUCUUUGUUCACGGACCGGAGUGUAUUCAUACAGUUAUCUUUCUUUUUUGUCGUUUCUCGCUCAUCGACCGGAGUUGUAUUCUCCUCUUUUCCUUUUCAGAUGGCGGAAAAUGAUCUGGAAGUAGGCGUAGUGGAGAUAGAGGAGGAGCUGCCACUGCACCAGCCACUGCCACAGAUGGGGCAGCCACUGCCACAGAUGGGGCAGUGGCAGCCACUGCCGCAUCCACUGUGGCUGCAACAACUGUGGCUGAAACAACUGUGGCUGCAACGGAAGGGGGCGCAGCCACCGCCACAGAUGCUGCAGGUGCCACUGUGGCUGCAACAGAUGGGGCCGCAGCCACUGCCACUGAUACUGCCGAUGCUAGCCGGCGGACGCAGAGUUGCUGCUAAGGAACCAACCGGAAGGAAAUGGGGGGUUCCGACCAAGCUGAAGAGAGCUAGGUGUGACUGGGCGAUCAGCGGCAGGAAGCUGCAGAGUGCACGUUACGCCAAGGGUGGGCCGACGGGGAAGAAGAAUUUCUCCGCCGGCAUGUAUGAGGAGGAGAUGUAAUUGGGCUUGGGCGGACUUGUUUCUCUUUGGGUUGGGUUUAGUAUAUACAAGGUGGAAUGGGCCGUGAAAGUAAAUAAGCCCAAAAAAUGUAACCCAAACGAAACUAGACAGGAAGCCCGCCUGGGUAAAUAACACAGGGAAAUUGACUCUAUGAAAUGAAUGCACUCUGGUCCGUGAACAACAAAGGCAAUAUCAAAACUAACAACCUAAAACUUUUCGGAGCAAAGUGGUCAUUCCCAAAUACCUCAUAGUUGAGUCUAACAAAUGAAACUAACUUGGGUGAAUAGAAACUGACUAGAGUCGUAUUCCCCUAGGUUUUUUUUUUUCAGUUGACAACUCAAGUGUCGAUUACUAGUGUUUCGAAUCUCAAAUUAAUUAUCUAACAAUUAUACACAAGAUUAGCAAAUUAACACAAAAGAUAUUUUCGUGGUUGUUUGAAUUGAUUUUUCGCUCGAUGUUUCAACCCAAAUAAACUUAAUUUAGUUAACAAGUUUAUAAAUGAAUUUCAUCCCAUCGUAAUUUGUAAUAUUGAAUUCAGGCAUUUUCGUGCCAAUAAUUUCAUUCAGCUUCCAAUUAUUAAUCUAGGUUUUCACGUCAUAUUAGAUAAUUGAAAGGGUAUUUUAUGACGAACCCAUAAUUUAACCGUAGUUCAAUUAUUAGUACAGUUAAAUAUCACCUAUCAAUUUGGCCUACAAUAUUUGAUAUCUUAUACUUGAACUCCUGAUACUGCACGAUUUCAUGGACAAUGCAUCGAAGUCACUACUUACUAACAACCAUAAUGAUGAGAUCCAUAGCACUAUUGGGAGGAUCUUGCUUUGCAAUUUCCACUCUCAAUCGUGGGCCGGACGUAUGGACCAAAUUGUGGGCAAAAAUGCUUCGGAUUGGGCCCCUCAAAUGUGAAGCUUCUUCCUUGCUUGACUUUGGAGUCAACGCCACGCGGUUUCCAGGGAAGCUGCGUUUCAUUCAUGUUUUGGGCCGAAACGUGUCGUCUAGACCAAUAAUAAUAACAGCAAACAGAGAAAAUAAGAGAAACCGUCCAAAGUCCACAUCUACGUAUUUUUGGGGCCAGCCAUUGGAAGAAGAUGAUCUACAAACGUCUAUUCAUCAGUCCCUCUGUGGUGGCUAAGUCUGGUUCAAUGUUCAUGGCUUCUUCAUUUAACACUCUAACCACAUGUUCAGUCCCUCCAACGUGCAUUGCUCCUUCCCCGGUGUCACCUGCAACUCGGACUCACGGGUGGUGGCACUCGAUAUCUCGGGCUCGGUAUCUCUACGGUCCGAUCCCGGGCGACAUUGGGCUUCUAACCCACCUGGUUAACCUAACCAUUGUUUAUGCUGGGGUCACCGCACCACUCCCCGCUGAGAUGGCAAACCUUGAGAAACUUUCUACUAGACAGAGAAAGCGAUAGGAGCAGAAUUGGGGAAGAUGCUCGUUGUGAGCUAUUUCCAUUUGACAGCAGCAAAUAUACAGGGGAUUACUUA